GAUGACGUCAUCCAACGCGACAGCAACUGUAGCCACGCUGCUACUGUCUCGCUUUGUGAAACACUACGGACGCAAGACUGUUGCUGAGUGAACGAGUUCAGAAACAAUCCCAUCGUCAAGAGGCAGGCAAGAGAUAAAACUCUGCCAUUUACUGUAACAUUUAAAUGGAUGUGAAAGAGGAGACGUGUGAGGCUGACCUGAAUAUCAUGGAGGAGAGGACCAUAAAUGUUAAGGAGGAGGACUCUGAGUGGGAGAGUGUCCACCCCAAACAGGAGAGUCUGGACAUCAAGGAAGAGGACAGUGAACUGGGGUCAGUGAGUAUUAAAGUGGAGUGUGUCAGCACUGAGAUUCACAACUGUAUGAGUACUGAGAGUGACAAGAAAGAUGACCUUCAUUAUGGAGAUCAAGAUGGAGCAGUGACCGGGUUAGUCUCUUUUCAUAGCAGACACUCUUCAUCUCCGGAGUCUUCUAUCAAUGUAAAAUAUGAAUCAUUACAGUCUGAAACAAAGAUGACUGAAGGAAUUUCAUCUCCUAGAACUGAGGAAGAUCAGCUACCACCUAAGAUGUCAUCUAAAACAAGAAAGAAAAAUCACUGCAGUGUGGAAUGUGGCAGAGAAUUCUCUAACAGGAGUGCUCUUCAGAAACACACGACAGUUCACACCGGAGAGAAAACAUACAUCUGUAAUGAAUGUGGUAAACAGUUUUCACAAAAAGGCAAUCUUCAGAUACACACGAGAGUUCACACUGGAGAGAAGCCAUAUUGCUGUAAUGAAUGUGGCAAACAGUUUUCACAAAUGAGCAGUCUUCACAAACACAGUAGAAUUCACACUGGAGAGAAGCCAUAUUGCUGUAAUCAAUGUGGUAAGCAGUUUUCACGAAAAGGCAGUCUUCAGAUACACACGAGAGUUCACACUGGAGAGAAGCCAUAUUGCUGUAAUCAAUGUGGUAAACAGUUUUCACGAAAAGGCCAUCUUCAGAAACACAUGAAAGUUCACACCAGACAGAAGCCAUAUUGCUGUAAUAAAUGUGGUAAACAGUUUUCAGAGAUGACCAGUCUACAGAAACACACGAGAGUUCACACUAAAGAGAAGCCAUAUUGCUGUAAUGAAUGUGGUAAGCAGUUUUCACGAAAAGACGAUUUUCAGAUACACACGAGAGUUCACACCGGAGAGAAGCCAUAUUGCUGUAAUGAAUGUGGUAAGCAGUUUUCACGAAAAGGCCAUCUUCAGAUACACAUGAGAGUUCACACAGGAGAGAAGCCAUAUUGCUGUAACCAAUGUGGUAAGCAGUUUUCACAAAAAGGCCAUCUUCAGAUACACACGAGAGUUCACACUGGAGAGAAGCCAUAUUGCUGUAAUGAAUGUGGUAAGCAGUUUUCACAAAAAGGUGAUCUUCAGAUACACAUGAGAGUUCACACUGGAGAGAAGCCGUAUUGCUGUAAUGAAUGUGGUAAGCAGUUUUCACGAAAAGGCGAUCUUCAGAUUCACACGAGAGUUCACACCGGAGAGAAGCCAUGUUGCUGUAAGGAAUGUGGUAAACAGUUUUCACAGAUGGACAGUCUACAGAAACACACAAGAGUUCACAACAGAAUAAAUACUGUAGCAGUUCGCAAAUCAGUCCAGAAAAACAAGAACCCUUCAGGACUCAAGAGUGAGGUUCAGUCCUGUCCUGAAAAGUAAGCAAAUUAAACUAUUGUCAACAAAUUAAUCUCAAAGAGAAGCCAUAUUGCUGUUUGGAAUGUGGCAAACAAAUCUGUCAGAGCAGUACACUUCAGAGACGCACCAGAAUUCCCACAGGAGAGAAGUACAACUGAACUGUCCUGACUAAAGAGUGAGGUUCACUCCUGCUUGGACAGUAAGCACAUGUAACGACUCAAAUCCAUCCUAGUUAGUGUUGUGUCAAAAACAAAUCAACAUGGAGGAGAAAUAGAAGUUUAUAUCCUUUUUCCUUUUCCAGAAACAAAAUAAAGAACAAGGCGUCAUACAAACGGCUUCUCACCAAAGCCCCUACAGCCUCCACCAUGUGCCUAGCUCUGUUUUCAUAACAUACGUAUUAAGUAUAGAACUAUUUACAAUAUAUUAUACACAUUUCAUCAGAAAAAAAAAAUGCUUUACAAUAUACAUAGCCUCACACAAUAAAUAAUAGUUCAAAUUGGAAUCUUCUGGGCCACAAAAAAUUCAGACUGGGUGCCAACUCCAGAAGUGGGCUUUCUUGGAGAAGAUCUACACCGGGGGCUAUCAACCCUUUGUCAUGGCAUACCACCCCAAAAAUAUAAAUGUUCUGAAAUACCUGCAUUUUAUUUUGGUGUUAAAUUGUUAAUUUCUGAACUGUUGUUAUGUUAAACUAAAGGUAGAAUUUCUUUUUUCACCCAGACAAUGUUCUUUCCGAGAGCUUUUCUCAGGUACUAGUAAUGUUCACCUGUCAAAGACUUGUGUUAGAGUGAAUUUCAAAAGGAUUUGAUAUGUUAGGACUGAUAGGCACUGGCAGUGUGUCACCAUGAGGAGGUCACUUCAGCUGUCUGUGCUAAUACUGGAAAAGCAAAAGAAAUGCCAGCAAUUGUGUCUCAAAUGUUGUAAGUCACCUCAGCAUCAGUAAAUAUUAUUAUUAUCAUUAUUAUUAUAAUUAUUAUUGUCAAAAAGUUUAGUAAAGUCACGCCUUUGGAUCAGAAGGGGUUUCCUGUUCCCGAGAGACUUUGCAUUCCAAUGUUUUGGUUUACCUACAGUGUGCUUACUUUAUUGUUGUGUUUUGUUUGUUUCUUUGAAUAAAUUACAAUCACCUGUCUGUCAUCUCCAGUCAUCUGACGGUGACUCCUGCACUUGGCUUUCUGUUGGCCAAACUCUGUGAAUUAGCACAUUUUCCAGAGGACCGUGAAACCCCUCUUUUACACGGUCUUUUGAGCCGAAAGCUAAACUGCCCAACCCAAGAGCAAAAUUGACAAGGCAGUGUGUGCGGAGGAGCCUAACCUCAUCUCUAGUGCACUGGACAUCUAUGUAGAAGAGAACAUCUGAGCUGUCAUCUCCACAUUCAGCCAAACCCCAACUCACACACUGCAGACCACCCAUCUGUGGGCGCCGCUACGGCCUUUCAGACAACGGGCUCAGUGCACUAAGCUUGAAGUGCUCGGCCGAGGCUGCUGACAGACGAGGAUUCCAUCUCACCGUUUGGACUGGGAUGUGAGAUUCUGUCCUUCCAGAGGUAACGUGUUGUCCAUCACGAGCUCCAAGCAGAGCGCAGAUAGCAAACUGAGAAAUGCAGUGAAGUAACCGAUCAGUUAAAUCACAUCAUGGCAGCAACACAUGCAGUGUGCCUACAGCUUUACUACGACCCUUUGUUUUUUCCCCCAUCGAGACAAGUGAAGAAAAGAAACGCGCUGAACUGGAGAUUAGGAUUUUGUAAGUAAUGAGCAAUGUAAUGAAUUUAAUUUAAGUAACGUUUCCCAGCACUGGUCGCUUGUGAACUUUUGUUUUUGUAUCUGGGAUAUCAUCACUUAAAUAAUUGGUGGAAAUAAACUGAAGUCUGCUUAAGCAACUGGCUAAAUAAAUAGGCAGAAACA